AUCUUAAGCUUUGUUGCUACAUGAUGAAAGAGCUCCAGCCUGUGCUGGAUGGGAUGCCUGGAGUCCAUAAAUAGCAGUGCCUGGCAGCCCACUCAGAGUCCAGACCGAGGGAGAGCUGCGGAGUCUACAGGAACGACAGGCCUGUACGAAUGGCUGGGAUCCAGGCAAGCCACGGAGAUGUGGGAGAAGUAUUCACAUUCUCCUCCCCCGCCAGCCCCAGGAGGAGGAAGUUGUCACAGUUAAAUAGAGCCAGGCACACCAGUUCCUUACACAUCCGUCAAGACCAUGAGACAGAACCGGACACCAGAUCCCAGACCUUUGCUGGGCCUGCUCCUGUAUGCCCACAUGAUCUCUCACCUGGCUGGAACCACACCGCUACUUCAGACUACCACCGCCGCUGCUGCUGCCUCAGUUGGAAUCACGAAGGACCCGAGGCUCCCAGCAGCUCAGCAGUGCCCGGCAAUGGAGGUCACCUGGCCGGAGCUGGAAGUUCCACUGAAUGGAACGCUGACCUUGUCCUGUACCGCCUGCAGCCGCUCCCCCUUCAGCAUUCUCUACUGGCUGGGCAAUGGUUCCUUCAUCGAACACCUCCCAGGUCGGCUGAGGGAGGGCGGCACCAGGCGGGAGCGCCGGGGCGCACGCACCCAGCUGCAGAGGGCCCUCGUACUAGAGGAGCUGAGCCCCACUCUGCGCAACACCAACUUCUCCUGUGUUUUUGCGGAUCCUGAGCAGACUGCCCAGCGUCAUGUGGUCCUGGCGCAGCUCUGGGCUGGGCUGAGGACAGUUGUGCCUUGCACUCAAGAAGCCCCACCCUCCAGCGGGUCCCCUCUGCCUCACCAUCGAGACAGGUGAACUCCAGAGCCUGGAUGAAACGUCACCUGAGAUGCCCUUGCAGCUCAGACCUUUUUCUGCAUUGACUUAAUACUGUAUUCUUUUUUUCCCUUCUAAUGGACUGUCCCAGGGAAGGCUGGUGGUAGAUGCUGUUUCUGACCCACAGCGGGUACUCAUAAAUGGUUUUUUUUUUUUAGUGGAGGCAUGAUGCCAUCUGCUCUGUCAUUUAAGCCAUCAUUCCACUUACAGAAUGUGGCCUGUCCCAGGAGAGAGUGUGGGAAGAACGGGACUGUCACUCAGAAGUGAAAGGUAAAAUCAGAUUCUGGGGACACAGGCCCUCAGAAGUGUGGGAAGAUCCUGUGGCCCCUGAAAGGCCAGAAGGGAUCUGAGAGAAAGCAGGUAGUAGUCUGGAAAACUUGGCAGGGACAAAGAUACACCUUAACGAACCUAAACAUACCUUUCCCCUACACAGAUCAAGACAGCUCAGCAUUUAAGGGAGAAAAAUAGACUUUAUUUACAAGUAAUAACAUUUAGAAAAUAUCCAUCCCUGGCCCUUAAAAACCUUCCCAUCACUCCAAAACCCUACCCCAGUGUAAGUCUGGGGAAGGUGGGAUGAGCUGAAGGCUGCCCCCCUCCCACCCCCCCACUGCCACCCACAGGCAUGGGGCCCAUCUGUUCUGGAAAAGAGCAUCUUCUGGGCAGCUGAGCCCUUGGGUGGAUGGGAGCACCUCUAGGUGCACCCACUAGGUCAAUGCCUAGUCCUGGACUUCAAAAGCAAGGGCCUGCUUAGGCCCAGCCACCAAGAGCAGCAGGGACCAGGGCCUGCUCCUCCAGUGGUCCCUUCUGGAUCCAGAGGCUGAGGAGUACGGGGCCCUUGGGCCCAGCCACUCAAAGCCAGCCUCAAGUCUGGUUGUGAUGAAGUGACUUUGUUCUAAGAAAACAUCAUGAGGCAAGGUAGGGAGAAGACCCAGACUCUCCAGGCCUCUGGGGACAACUCUGAGAACACACUGGUUCACCUAGCGAAGGCUCCUGUGAAGAUCCAGGUACCAGGCCGGGUGUGUGGGCAGGCAUCACUGUCUGUAGGGCUUUGGCCACUGUUGGCCUAGGAGCUGAGAGAAGGCACUGAAAGGGACAGUAGAAGGAAAAGGACCAGGCGAGGUCGGCACCGAGGACACAGGUAGGGCCUCUCACUGGUCCUGGCCCUUCAGUGCUUUGCCUGAAAGAGAGAGACACAGUCACUUGGCAGGAGCUUUGUGUUGCCAGCAGGUACCAGCUGACCUCGAGGAGGCCUCUCUUAGCUCCCAAACCCCGCUGACUAGGAGCCGCCCUUGGUAUGACCUGGACAUUUCUACCAUCAUGUUAUCAGUUGCUGGCUGUGCUACAUGACUCUGUCUCUCCUGUCCUCAGAGGGUAGCUACUAAGAGAGCACCUUCUCUUAGCCCACUCCCAGCAGCCUAACUGGGCCCCACCUUGGAAGCCUCCUGAGAGGUGGCCUGGGGGAGUACCCUGUUUCCCCUAUUCUCCUAAGAGCCCAUCUACCCUCUUCCCUUCCCAGUCAGUGCUUCUACCUUGCCCUUGGCCCGAGGGGUGGCAGUGGCGGCAGCUAUGGCAGCAGCAGUGGCGGCGCUGGCUGCAGUGGUGGCGAUGCGAGGAGAGCGGCGGGUCCCACUGCGGGUGUUGGGGGAGGCCUUGGAUGGGGCUUUCUUUGAGGCUCCCCUCCGCAGAAGGCUAUUCCCGAGUUUCUUGGGUGUGUUGAGGAUGCUAAAAGCCAUUGACUGGCGACGGUCAGCCUGUUGGGGAGGGAAGGGCUAUCAAAUUGGGCUGCACUUGGGCCCUGCAAGCAAGGUCCCUGUAGGGUCUCCCUUCAGGCCCCUACUAACCUGUUUAACAGCCGGAGCUGCUUUCUUCUGGGCCUCGGUAGUGCUCUGUUUGCGCCCUUCGUGUCGGUCCCGGGGAGUCAUGGGGCGUGGGAAACAGCUGGUGGCCUUCUUAGACUAUGGGGAAGAGGAGUUCACAUCCAAAACCAGUUCUGUGUCUCAGAGCCAAGUGGACCUCAUAAGUCAACACCACUCCCUCCGGAAACCUCCCUUCCCAACAGUUCCUGUCCCUGCAUCAAGCUCUCGGAGAGAGAAGCCUGCUAGAUGGAAUAAAACAGGAGUUAGGGUCACCCACCUCAGGGGUACCAGGGCCCUGGUGGGGCUCUGAGGAGACCCGUUUGCGCUGCUGCCGGGUGGUGAUGCCUGCGCCCUCGGCUAUCUGGGCUGGCUGCAUGCUGGCUCUGCGCAAGGUCUCCUGGGGGUCACCAGUUUUCAUCUCCUCAUCUGUGAUGGUAGCCAGGCUCAGGGAAGGCUGUGUGGGAUGGAAGGGGGUGGGGCAAUGAAAUAGGACCACCCCAGAACUCUUUACAGGCCUGGUGUGUGCAGCACCUAAAGCCUUCCUGUCGUCUUCUCCACUUGGGCCCUGCUGAUGGCCAGAGCAGGCCCACCUCCUCCACAAACUCAGGCCCACCCACAGUGACUUCACCCCAAACCCUGCUCUGCCAGCUAUUCCACCGGAAGCAUAAGGUCACUCUGCAGCAGGCCAGAGACUCAGGCGGCCACUAGGGCUGGAUCAGCAAGUAACAUGGGCGGAGUGCCAAGGGAGGAGGAGGGGAGCUAGUGUGUGUCCUGUGCAGAUGACCCCUGAGCUCACCCGGGACUCCAGGGGAUAGCAGGUCUUCAGGUGUGGGGGGCAUACUCGAUUGCGCUGCUGUAGCUCUGCAAUGCGGUUCCAGUCGUCCAGCUGCUCGGGCUCAUCCUGGCAAGUGCCCAUGUAGAAGCUGUUCCUUCCUGUGGAGGGCAGGGAAGCUGAAGCAGGUGGGGCUAGGAAGGCCAGGGAGAGUGAGGGUAGAGGCAGCAGGUCACCCACUGGUCCUGGCCUCUUGAGAACCUUUGCGGCCACAACUCCUGUCCACCUGUCCUGUGGACUUCAAGACCAGUGCCCCUGAGUCCUGCUCUGCUCAGUGUGUUCUCCCUGGGGAGGUCAAAAGAAGUCCUAUGCAGAGGCUGUAACACCCUACAGAAACUAAUUGGGGACCAGGAAUUGACAGAGGUCCCUGAGGCCAAGAGCCUUUAAGAAGAAUCUAAGGAGAGAACGCUGACCCGGCAUGGCCCUUCUGACACCCCUGACCACCUAAGACACGGUAACGGAGGACUCCAGGCAGCAGCUGAGCCUCACUGUUCUGCUGGGAGUCCCAGGCUCCCUUGUGUGACCAUUUCCCGUUCACCCUGGCUGAGAUUAACAUCAGCCUGAUUGCCCAGAACAGCCCUGAGACUGUAGGGAGGAGGGGCUGGUGAAGUGCCAGAAGGGUUUUCUUUGUGUGUGUUAAGCCCCUAUGGUUCCCUCACCUGGAGGGGCCCCGCUGGACACCCCAGCCUGGGAGCGGCGAGCCGAGCUGCGAGUGGUGGGCCGGUAGCCAGGCAGGCUGAGCAGAGCCGAGUUGCCGUCCUCAGGAGAGCCCAGGCGGGUUAGAGACUGGGUGGAAGAGGUGGCUCGUGGGCCGGCCUGGGAAGCAGGGGCUGACUGUGUGCUGUAGAAGGAUGAAUUGGCGCUGUCCGGCUCUUCCAUGUCUAGCUUCUGGAAGAAAGGAUGGAUCUGGUGGGGUGGGGCCUGAUAGUCCGUAAGAUGCCUCCUGUUCACCUUCCUAAACAGGGCCUCAGAUCCCACAGCAGCAUGUGUUCCCACUGCUUUGCAGGGAUCCUGAGCUGUACAACAAGGAAUGGGCCCUGUUGCUAAGAAUCCUGCACAAGGCGCUAAGGCUAUCCCCAUUUUCACUUGAAUCUUGUUAACAGUGCUUUGAAGAGGGAAAGCAGAAUGUGUGAUCAGACCAUUUUAGAAUCAAUGUGCAAAAAAAGUAAAGUGACCAGCCCACAGGUAACAGCUAGGGAGUGGGAGAGCCAGAGGCUGGAAUGCCCGUCGCUCCUGAGUGCGUCGUAGUCUGGCUCAUCCCACCUCCACUGUCCCUCAGCCCAAGCUUGCCAGUGGCCUACCCAUCUUGUAGAACUUCUCCAGCUUCUUGGUAGCAAAGGGCAACUCACACACAAGAGGUGCUGUCUGCUGCACCAAAGGAAACAUCCUACUCCCCAUCCUCCUCAAAGUAUGGAAACAAGGGCCAGCCUGAGCCCCCAAUUUAGCGGGCAGCCCUCUGGGGGGCCACAAGGCAUCCCGGCCACCCAGGAGGUACCCUGCAGGCAUAGGGCUGGGCUGCAACUUCAUCUCUCUUCGGUCUGCACGGGUCAGUACUACAUAACGAAAGAAAUCGGCCUUAGAGUCAGUAGGCAUCCAAUUCCAGCGCUGCCCCUUUCUACAAAAGAGGCCUUGCAGAGUCACUGUGCUGCUUUGUAAGACAUAGACUAGUCAGCCUUGCCUGCCUCCAGAGGCACCCAACGGGAAAGAUGCCCUUAAGAGCAAGUGAGCAUGACUGUCCUACUAGCCCACUCCCAGCAGCCUGACCUUGGUCAUGGUGAUGUUGAUGAUCUGCGUGGUGCGCCGACGAGCGGAGCGGGUCUUCCGGCCUGAAUCCAGGAAGACGUCCCCCAGGGAGUCCAAGCUGCUCUCCAGUGGGGCCUGACCCCGAGCAGGGAUGGGGGUGAAGUAGAGACUCUCAAGGGAUUCUACCUUGGGGGGCAGGCGCUGGGAGAUGGGGGAGGCUGGCUCUCCAGGGAUGCUGGUGCCAUCUGGCUGGGUUCGAGGCAGCUUGCUGUAGGAAAAAAAAUUGCUAAGAUGCCAUGCCUGGGGCUAAAAGGCAAGUUUGUUCAUCCCUUUGUUCCAAAGUGACCAAUUCCUAUAUUUAUUACAAGCAGACCAGGUCAAGUACCCCAUUCUCUCUGAUUUUUAAAGGCAUCAAGAGACCCCUUGACCUGACCUGGGUCCUCCCUUCACUCUCCAUCAAUUCCCAUGGCUCUCUGAGCUCCUUAGCCCUGGCCACUCCCAGCUCUACUGUUAACAUGGUCCUCCUGCUGGAUCGCCUGCCUCAGGGAAUGGGAGCAGCCUCCACCUGGGUACCCCGACCAUGAACAUGGGCUCAACCCCACCUCUUCCCUCCAGCCCAGCAGCUCACCUAACCACAUCCCACUCUGUUCACAUGUCCUUCCAUGGUCUGCCUCAUCUCUCACCUAGAUUUAAUGGUACCUGAGGGGAGGUGCCAGCCUGGUGACAAGCCCCUGCUCAAGCCUACCUCUGCCACUACGGGACCUUGGACAAAUGCCUGGCCCUCUAUGUCCCAGUUUCAUCUGUUAAAGGAGAUAAUCACAGAACCUACCUCAGAGGAUUGUUGAGGGGUAAAUAAAUGCAUUAAAACUC